CGUAUUUUCAAGUAUUUGCCUUACAUGUUCAAGUAUUUGCUUUUACGUGAAGUGUGUGCACACUGUUUGAUUUAUGAUUGUGUUGAUUAUGUAUGCUUCGACUUGAGUUAUUGUUUUGAGCAUUUCAAUAUCUACGUUUCAUAAUUUAAGUCUAUGUUUUACAACAUUAAGAAGGAGUGCUUUAUAUAAUUCACCGCUUAAUAAGUUAUGGUGAUAAGAGUAAGAGAAAGUCACAAGUAAGAAUAAGUUAACCUCACUUAGCUAGCCACUAGCUAGACAGAUCCCUACGGGACGGUGAUAAGUCCCACGGUAGUUGACCCCUACCGGAUGGUGAUACGUUCCGCUGUAGUUGGUCAGACGUGGAGCCGGAUGGUAAUGAGUUCUGCGGUCUCCAUUGCCUAGAUUUAGGAGUGCUACGAGAUGGUGAUACGUUUCGCGGUAGUCAUACCGUAGUUUGACACCGGAUGGUGAUUCAUUCCGCGGUGGUCAAACCCAUUGGAGGGGCACCCCAUUGUGAGGGUAGUCAUGUUUAAGAAGUAAGAAAGUAAGUAAGGCUAGUAGUGGCGCCAGCUAAGUCGAGGUAGGGGCCCAACAAUAAGAUAAAGGAAGAACUAAUACGUUUUCAAGAGUUAAAGUUUAAAAGUCGGAAGUACAAACAACUUCCAUAAGUUUAAGUAAGUGUUUCAAGCAAAGUGGUCAAGUAUUAAAAGUAAUAAACGUAAGGGCGUAGACUGACCCCAUCUCACUCACCAGUUUGAAGAGGACUAAGAGGAGUUAGAGAGCAGCGAGUUCGAGAGGAGCAGUUUGAGGGCAGCCAACUAGAGGAGGGAUGUACAAGCGCCACUGAGGAUGUCUGGUCAAGGCUUUCAGGAAGCAGUAGCAUUAGAGACCUUUUAGUUGUUUCAGUUUUAUGAUUAUAAGUAUAGGCUGGAGAUCAUUUUGAGAUUUUAAGGUUUUAGUUUGCCCAAGUGUCAAGCUUUGUGUUUAAGUAAUGAUAGUUGUUUUCGGUAUUUAUUAAAGUUAUUUAUGAAAUGUUUCCGCUAUUUUUCUAAGUAUUUUCAGUUUUUAUUUUAUUUCACGGUUUAUUAAGGGUAUUUUGGUAAAAUUAGUACCCGGUCGGGUUAGGGUGUUACAUUUUGGUAUCAGAGCCGGCACUCCGCUAUUUCUUGGUCUCCAAGGAAUACUGGAGUGACGAUAUGAGUUUUCAAGUUAUUUUUUUUAAGUAAAGGAAAAAGGGUUGUCAGGUUUAAGGUUUGGUCAAACGAGUCAGAGUUCUUUUGAUGAUUUUAGAAUCUCCAGUUUAUACUCAAAUCAUGAUUAGGAAAAUAACUCUAGGAGACAGUACGAGGUUUUGAUACGUCUCGGGGAGGAUGAAGAGAUUAUUCUUAUGAGGAUCGUUUAGUGGAAACCCUUUCAUGGGUGAGAAGAAGAGGUUCAAGGCAGCUCAUACCCUACCCUUAAUUCCUUCUCCUGUAACCGCGAUAAGCAGAGAAAGAGAGAGCGAAGUGAAAGGAAAAGAAAAGGAAAGGAAAAAGAGAAGAGGGCAUCACUCAGUUUUGAAGCACAGCAGCAGCUCGCGGCAAGAAACCCAUCCGCACGUGGACCCUCCCAACGUCGUCGCCUCUCCGUCCACUGUUUUGGACUCGACUUCAAAGAAGAAGGGAGAAAGUGAGGGAAUAGAAGGAGAGGGAAAGGAAGGAGCCUGGGCACUGGGUUUUGGUCGGGAGAACGUUAGAAAUGUUCCAUGGAGUCGGAUUUGCGUUUGGAGGUCUGUAGAUGCCUCGUCGGAGCUUCACCGGAGCUUCGUCGGCGUAUCAACGGAAUCUGGAAAUUUUUGGAGUUCGACGAAACUUCGAAAGGUGAAUACGGUUGCGUAGAGGGCGAUCUCAGGAGCGUCACAGUGUCGACGAAAUCAAAUUCGGACAUCGGAUGAGGGAGAACCGAUAUCCCAAAGUUUGGAAAAGGAUAUGUCAACGAUCAGGUACUGUACUGGGUAAUUUGAAAAGAUAUGAGAUUGAUUUCGGAAUUUUCCAGAAGGGUCAGGGUCAAUAGGUUGACUGGGAUAAGUUCAGAUUUGGUACCUAGUAUUUUGGAAUCUAACAGAAUUCGUAAUUUGCUCCUAUCUCAUUCGUUUGACGUCCGAACGAGGAACUGUCUGCGCUUAUAGAAUCGUGGAAACGAGGAAAAUAUUAUGGGAUCGAGUUAUGGAAUUUAUAUAUCGGAAUCAGAGUCGGUUUCAAAUGAAAUGAGGUGAGUGUAAAGGGGGUAAAUUCUACGCCUUACGUAUUUUCAAGUAUUUGCCUUACAUGUUCAAGUAUUUGCUUUUACGUGAAGUGUGUGUGCACUGUUUGAUUUAUGAUUGUGUUGAUUAUGCAUGCUUCGACUUGAGUUAUUGUUUUGAGCAUUUCAAUAUCUACGUUUCAUAAUUUAAGUCUAUGUUUUACAACAUUAGGAAGGAGUGCUUUAUAUAAUUCACCGCUUAAUAAGUUAUGGUGAUAAGAGUAAGAGAAAGUCAUGAGUAAGAAUAAGUUAACCUCUCUUAGCUAGCCACUAGCUUGACAGAUCCCUACCGGACUGUGAUAAGUUCCCCGGUAGUUGACCCCUACCGGAUGGUGAUACGUUCUGCGGUAGUUGGUCAGGCGUGGAGUCGGAUGGUGAUGAGUUCUGCGGUCUCCAUUGCCUAGGUUUAGGUGUGCUACCGGAUGGUGAUUCGUUCCGCGGUGGUUAAACCCAUUUGAGGGGCACCCCAUUGUGAGGGUAGUCAUGUUUAAGAAGUAAGAUAGUAAGUAAGGCUAGUAGUGGUGCCAGCUAAGUCGAGGUAGGGGCCCAACAAUAAGAUAAAGGAAGAACUAAUACGUUUUCAAGAGUUAAAGUUUAAAAGUCGGAAGUACAAACAACUUCCAUAAGUUUAAGUAAGUGUUUCAAGCAAAGUGGUCAAGUAUUAAAAGUAAUAAACGUAAGGGCGUAGACUAACCCCAUCUCACUCACCAGUUUGAAGAGGACUAAGAGGAGUUAGAGAGCAGCGAGUUCGAGAGGAGCAGUUUGAGGGCAACCAACUAGAGGAGGGAAGUGCAAGCGCCACUGAGGAUGUCUGUCAAGGCUUCCAGGAAGCAGUAGCAUUAGAGACUUUUUAGUUGUUUCAGUUUAUGAUUAUGAGUAUAGGCUGGAGAUCAUUUUGAGAUUUUAAGAUUUGAGUUUGUCCAAGUGUCAAGCUUUGUGUUUAAGUAAUGACAGUUGUUUUCGGUAUUUAUUAAAGUUAUUUAUGAAAUGUUUCCGCUAUUUUUCUAAGUAUUUUCAGUUUUUAUUUUAUUUCACGGUUUAUUAAGGGUAUUUUGGUAAAAUUAGUACCUGGCCGGGUUAGGACCGAGUGGCAGCCUCGACCCGAGCGGAGCAGUCCAAUACAUUUCCAUUAUGUUA